GCGAGAAUAGAGCCGCAUUCUUUUGCUGAGCUCUGUCCUGCUUCGGAUCUCUCUGGCUUUCAAUCCCCAUUUCAUUUGUUCUUUGUAAGGCAAUAGUGAACAAAGUGUGCGGAGGUUCGGCAUAAGCAGCCGCCUAGAACACAGAUCCGGGAUGGCAAUUUCCAGUUCCCCCGCUGGAAGGUGUGGCAUAUUGGAUUCAAAGCACUGGCGUGGCAGAUUUUCAACUUGCAACCUGGCUAAUUUCCUGCUUCUUCUGGCACCAAAAGGAGGGCGAUUCGUCUCCUGUGCAGCCAAAACGACAGCUGUCAAAGUCGCAGGGGCUCCUGUGAGCCAGAACCUAAAAGGCUACGUGUGCCUCCUGGCCAUUCAAAUUGUCAGGUUUAGGGACAGAAGUAUCCAAACCACAAGUUCUCAGUACUAUGUGAAAAAUGGCUCCUUGCAAGUCAAAGCGGUUCUGAAAGGCAUUCUCUUGGAAAAGUCUGUGAAGACGCAAAGGAUUUUCCUGGGGGAAAAAAAAAAGUGGUCAUGUGUAAAGACACAGCAUCUUGGCUGUCUGCUAAAAAAAUGUACAUUCUCUUGAAUCUGGAGAUUGAACUGCGGACUGCAAAAUACCCCAUGGCAGAUUAUCAUCGCUUAAGGGAGCCCCGAAACGAAGCCGCUCGGCCGGGGCGGUGGAAGAAGCUGGGAGCGCCUCAGCCCAACCCUGCGCAGCUGGAGGAGGUCUGCCCGGAGAGGCCAUUGGAGGAAGAGCGCCACGUGACAGAGGGGUGCCAAUGUUAUUCUCCAAGGGUGUCAAGACCCUGUCAGUUUGCGAAAUAAAUAUUGGGAAACAACGAAAUGCAAAAAGCGACCUACUACGACAGCUCUGCAAUCUAUGGUGCCUACCCCUACCAAGGAGCAAAUGGUUUCACUUAUAAUGCGAGUCAGCAGCAAUAUCCUCCAUCUUCAUCACUUGUGGAAACUGAGUACCAUCGCCCCGCGUGCUCCCUCCAGUCCCCUGGCAGCUCUGUGUCCCACCACAAGGCCAAUGACAUCAGUGAGAGUUGCAUGAGGACCCUCCCCAGCCAGACUCUCCAGCCCCCCAGCCUCAGUGACCCACAGGCUCCACCGCAACAGCCUCCAGCCCAGCAGUCACAACCUCCACCUCCGUCCUCCACCUCACCAUCUCAAAAUGCCAGCAGCAACCCUGCCCCGGCCAACCCUACCAAGAGCCCAGCUCUUAACUCACCCACCGUUUCCAAACAGAUAUUCCCAUGGAUGAAGGAGUCUCGGCAAAACACAAAGCAGAAAAACAGCAGUUCCAGUUCAGGUGAGAGUUGUGCUGGUGAUAAAAGCCCUCCAGGGCAAGCCUCCUCUAAGCGAGCCCGUACAGCUUACACAAGUGCCCAGCUGGUAGAACUGGAAAAGGAGUUCCACUUCAAUAGGUACCUUUGCAGGCCACGAAGGGUAGAAAUGGCUAAUUUGCUCAAUCUCACAGAAAGACAGAUCAAAAUCUGGUUUCAAAACCGCAGAAUGAAAUACAAAAAGGAUCAAAAGGGAAAGGGUAUGAUGACCUCUUCAGGAGGACAGUCCCCAAGCAGAAGCCCCGUCCCUCCAGCUGCUGGGGGAUACCUAAACUCUAUGCAUUCUUUAGUAAACAGUGUUCCCUAUGAGCCCCAGUCGCCUCCACCAUUUAACAAGCCUCAUCAAAACACCUAUGGCAUCCCUGCAUCGUAUACUGCUCCUCUUAAUAAUUGCCCACCUCCUCAAAAGAGAUACACGGGCACAGCAGCUGUGACACCUGAAUAUGAUACUCAUCCUCUUCAAGGCAACGGUUAUGGGAAUCCACAUAUACAGGGAAGCCCCGUCUAUGUAGGGGGCAACUACGUGGAGACCAUGACCAAUUCUGGGCCUUCCAUCUUUGGUCUAACUCAUCUCCCUCAUCCUCCCUCUGCCAACAUGGACUACAGCGGGGCUGGGCCAAUGGCCAACAAUCACCACCAUGGACCUUGUGAUCCGCAUCCAACAUACACAGACCUUACCGCUCACCAUCCUUCUCAGGGAAGAAUUCAGGAAGCGCCCAAACUCACUCAUCUGUAAGAGACAGGAGACACUAAGAGGAACACCAAGCCCCCAAGUUUUGGAAAGUACUCAUCCCUUCCCUUCUCUCUCCUCCCCCCAACAUGUGCCCUCCCCUUCCCUUCUCGUUUCUUUUGUUCGUUUUGGUUUGUUUUGUUUCCUUUCGUAAAAGCGUUUUCUAGUUUAUGUGACGUAGCAAUAUUUGUUGCUUGAAUUGCUCUAUAGUUUCACUAGUGGAUAUUUAUCUUCUUGAACUGUAGCCUUGUGUCUCACUUUGGGAGUAUGCAGAGGCUUUAUACUUUACCUUCUACACUUUUAUCAAAACAGGGUAUAUGAACAAAUUUUCUAUAAAAGGAAUUCUUAAAUGUGAAUUUGUUCGUACAUGAUUGAUCCCACGGGGAAGCAAUUUUUUUUAUUGCACUUCUUUUAAAUAGCAAGAAAGACAUCAAAAGCGCUUGGACAGGGACUUCCUGGACAAUUAUUGAUACGUGUAAGUCUUUCAAUGUGUGUAUGCUGGUGAACAUUCAGAUUUAUUUAUAUUUUUUUUUCGCAAACAUUGAAUAAUCUAAGUGUUUAAAAUUUUAUUUAUCCCCAUUUGUUCAUAUUUAUAUAUAUAUAAAAUAUCUGUACCCUGAAUAUUCAGGAGGCCAUAUAUUAGAUGGCAUAUCGGCACGUGUUAGAAUUAUCAUUUGAAAGGAACCUAUUAACUCCUUUUAUUAAAAAUAGUGAUAAUAAUGAUGAUGACGAUGCAAUAAAAUCUGGGAAAAAAGAUCGCCGUUUGAAUACUUUAUGCUUGUAACAUCCAGCUAGGCAAAAAGUGUGUGAAGCUGAAAAGGCUAGAUUUGUUUUGAAAGUUAUACAUUCCUUGCUGCUCACGUUCUGGAAAAAAAAAAAUAAAGUUUUUAUUCUGAAUAAUAAAGAGUUAAGAAUAUGUUCUUUGCAGCGCAGGGGAAUGGAGAGCCCUUCGUGACGUGGGGAGCUAGGAAACUCGUCUGUAAACUUACACGAGGAUCUGCUCACCCGAAGGGCCCCGAGACGCCUUUUCAGCAUUUCAUAGGCAGGGAGAGAGAUUUUCCUUUCCCCCCCCCCCC